AUGCUUGUUGAUUAUCACACUUAUCUUCAUUAUUCACAAAAUAUUACAACAUGUAAGCAAAUAGCUCGAGAAAUAGUUAACGGUGCAGCUUAUUACAUGAAAAUGCACAAUGUUUUUAUUUCAUUGGUGGAAACAAUUGUGUGGACUACGGAACAUGGAAGCAUCUCAAAUACUCAUCCUGGUAUCGAGCUGAAUAAUAUAAGAGUGUAUAAAAGUACAAAUGAGCCCUUUACUAGUAUCUAUUCGAACUAUACAUUGGUUUUUCUCAGUAACUCUCCAAACAAUACUACUAUUGGCGGUGGCGCUGCUUUAAGUGGAGCCUGUGCACGUGAUAGUUCAGCUAUUAUACUUAAACUGGAUUCAUCGAUUGCGAUAAUGGGUUCAAUCUUGGCUCAUGAGAUUGGGCAUCAGCUUUCUAUGGAACAUGAUGAUAAAGGUUACUGUCCGUGUCCAUAUAAUUGGUGCAUAAUGAAUCCAUAUGGUGCAAAUAACCCUGCACAUGUAAUGGGUUGGACGAACUGUUCAUUUGCUUAUUUUAACUAUUUCAAAAAAAUAGCACUUUCACAGUGUCUCACCAUUCCACCAAGUGAAGCUGCACCUUCCUAUUGUGGAGAUGGUAUUGUUCAUUCUAAUGAAGAGUGCGACUGUGGACCAAGCAGUACAGGUUGUGGACCAUGUUGUAAUCCACAAACUUGUACUUUGACUUCAAAUGCUGUCUGUGGUUCGGGUCCUUGUUGUAAUCUUACAACUUGUAAUUACAUUGAAGCAUCAUAUGAAACUAUUUGUAGACAAUCGACUGAUUCUAAUUGUGAUUUUGUUGAAUAUUGUGAUGGACAAAGUCAAUUCUGUCCUGAAGAUAAAACUGUUCAUGAUGGAGUUCGUUGUGCACUUGAUGGGUUUUGUUUUAAAGGAAAAUGUGGAUCUCCUGAUGCUCAUUGUUCAUAUCUUAAUCAGGGAUCUGCUAAACGAGGAAGCUUGUUGUGUUUUCAUACCAAUUUCAUGGUUAAAGGCCUACAUCCUUGUGGUGUAAAUAGAACCAAUUCUGGGGUACUUUGUGAUUAUGCAGAUAUCGAGUGCGGUCGACUUGCUUGUGAUCCAAACAUGACACAUGAGGUCACUUAUGUUGCAGCUUUUUAUCAUACAUCAAAAUGGCAAAUUUUUUACUAUACUACAAGAGAACCUAUUGGAUGUGUAACCUUUGAUUUCGUUGAUCUGAUACCGAAAAAUGCUGGGUAUGCACCUAAUGGUGCUGUUUGUGGCUUUGACUAUUUGGGUAUUUGUAUCGAUACGAAAUGUAUUCCCGUCAAUCAAAUCAUCAAUGAAAAUGCUUGUCCAGGAAACUGUAAUGGUUAUGGUAUUUGUGAUAAUUUUGGACAAUGCCACUGUGACCCAGGCAUUAAUACAACUGAUUGUUCCUAAAAGUUAAAUUAAAUUAACCUUUUUUUCGUGCAUAAAGUCAAUAGUCAAAUUUCCAUAAAAUGUUAAUUUUCUCAA